CUGGGCAGAGUGUAGAGCAAUAUAGUGCAUGGGCACCCUACACACCUCUGAACACCCUCACCUUUUUUUUCUUUUUUUUUUUUUUUCUUUUUCUCCACCAGAUGAAUUUUAGGGCAAAUCUAUCAUAUUUGUUAUCUGCAGAGGGCGCCAGACAGUUUCAGAUCCUCUGGUGGAUCCAGCGAGGGGAUGCUGUACCUGGUGGUUGCAGCUGUCACUCAGAAAGGUGCUUGCUCUCUAAUGGCCACUGCUCUGCAAGGAGGAUUUUGUAGGAGUUGUUUUUUAUUUCAUGCAUGUAUAAACCCCUUGGUUCCUUUUUUUUUUUUUUUUAACUUUUCUUGCCAUUGAAAUAGCAAGAGAUGUUUCACAAGCUGCAACACACGAACCCACACUGGCCCCAGCCAGCUGACAGCAGCAGAUGAGGAAACUGCCUGCUUUUAAUCACCAGAAUUAGAACCAGCAACGUGCUGCUGCUGAUUUUUCCCUUCAGAGAAAACUGUCUGAUGCCUGAUUUGAAGCUCACUUUCUUCUAAGGCAGAAGAGCAGCCUAUGACUGACACAAAACUCACUCCUGUGCUGCUUAAUGUCACCGAAGACUUCAAUGACUCAAUUCUCAACAACAGAAGCGGCGAUGGAUUUUGUGAGCAGGUCUUCAUAAAAGCUGAGGUCUUCUUGACUUUAGGGAUCAUCAGCCUGCUGGAAAACAUCCUUGUCAUUCUUGCAGUGCUGAAGAAUGGAAACCUGCAUUCUCCCAUGUAUUUCUUCCUGUGUAGCUUGGCUGUGGCAGACAUGUUAGUGAGCAUGUCAAAUGCCUUGGAGACCAUCAUGAUUGCAAUCCUGAGCAACGGCUAUUUGAUCAUUGAUGACCACUUUAUUCAGCAUAUGGACAAUGUGUUUGACUCAAUGAUAUGUAUUUCUUUGGUAGCCUCAAUUUGCAACCUCUUGGUUAUAGCCAUUGACAGGUACAUAACUAUUUUCUAUGCUCUCCGUUACCACAGUAUCAUGACAGUGAAGAAAGCUUUAACCCUGAUUGUGGUCAUUUGGAUCGCUUGCAUCGUCUGCGGCAUCAUAUUCAUUGCCUACUCAGAAAGCAAAACUGUCAUUGUCUGUCUCAUUACAAUGUUCUUUACCAUGCUUUUUCUCAUGGCCUCCCUUUAUGUUCACAUGUUCUUGUUUGCACGCCUGCAUGUUAAGCGGAUCGCUGCCCUCCCUGUGGACGGGGUGCCCUACCAGCGUACUUGCAUGAAAGGAGCUGUCACCAUCACUAUAUUACUAGGUGUCUUCAUUGUUUGCUGGGCACCUUUCUUCCUUCACCUCAUUCUCAUUAUUUCUUGCCCAAUGAAUCCAUACUGUGUCUGUUACACUUCACAUUUCAAUACCUAUCUGGUCUUGAUAAUGUGCAACUCAGUAAUUGAUCCGCUUAUUUAUGCCUUCCGGAGCCUGGAGAUGAGAAAGACUUUCAAAGAAAUAGUGUGUUGCUGUUACGGCAUGAGUGUGGGACAGUGCAUGCUGUAAACAUCUGGCUUUGUGUUGAGAAUAGAGAGAGUAUACAUACAAUAAGUGUAUGAAUAUAUACAUGUAUGCAGAUACCUAGCAAGUCCACUUUAAAAGCCUUGCUUGCAGGAAGGGCACAGG